UACAUAUUUGUUUUGCAUUUGUACUCUUAUAUAAAACGAAUCAAAUUUGGAUCCACCGUCCACGUCCACGAUCCACGAUCCACGAUCCACCUAAUAUCCGAUUCGAUUCGAAGCCCUUUCACUGCAGGAGCAUCAGAACAAUCAGGUUUGGCGCUAUUCAACUUCUUUUAACGGCUCCAUCCAUGCAAUGCAAGACCCACCAACGAAGAUUCGAAGACUGUCCUACACUUUCAGGUGACUUGAUUUCAUGGCUUAGUUGCAGUCACAGACAUGAACAUUUGAUUUCAUGGCUUUUCCUCCAUCUUCCACCACAAAAACCCUAACCCUAAAUUCUUCCGAACUCUUCGUCGACUCUUACAAAGCUUUCUCUCAGAAAUCUCCUCAAAACUCUCCACCUCGGUCUUUCACUCUUCUCUCUCAACGAUCUCCCCUCCCUCCCAUUCCAUCUGAUUUCGCUCAAUCCAAACUUAUCCCCAAAACCCGUUUUAUCGUUGACGGGUUCCGGUACUCCGGCGAUUACUCCGUUUCCUAUUUCCUCUCUCAUUUCCACUCCGAUCACUACGCAGGCUUAAAAACUGGUUGGUCUAAAGGUCUCAUCUUUUGUUCAGAAACUACAGGUCGGCUUCUUAUUGAAGCUCUAAAACUAUCUUCUCUAUUUGUUAUUUCCUUGUCACUUGGUGAACCGGUUGUUAUCGACGGGUGCGAAGUCACUCUUGUUGAUGCGAAUCACUGCCCUGGUGCGGUUCAAUUUUUGUUUAAGAUACCUAGAACUGAGGGAAAGUAUGAGAGGUAUGUCCACACUGGGGAUUUCCGGUUCUGUGAUUCGAUGACACUAGAGCCUGUUCUAAGUGAAUAUGUCGGAGCGGAUGCGGUUUUCUUGGAUACGACAUACUGUAAUCCGAAGUUCGUUUUUCCGUCACAAGAUGAUUCGGUUAAUUAUAUAGUUGAAGCAAUAGAGAGAAUUAGAGCUGAAAAUCAACGGUUGAGGGAGUCUGUGUUGUUUCUAAUUGCUACGUAUGUUGUUGGGAAAGAGAGAAUCCUGGUUGAAAUUUCGCGUAGAUGUAACUGCAUGAUACAUGUAGAUAGCAGGAAAAUGUCAAUUUUAUGUAUUUUAGGGUUUGGCGGAGGUGGGAUAUUUACAGAGGAUGUUUCGGUUACUGAUGUUCAUGUGGUUAGCUGGAAUGUGUUAGGCGAGACUUGGCCUUAUUUUAGGUCUAAUUUUGCCAAAAUGGAGGAGAUUAUGAUCGAGAGAGGGUACACAAAGGUGGUAGGUUUUGUUCCAACUGGGUGGAUGUAUGAAGUAAGGAAAGAUGGGUUUGCAGUAAGGACAAAGGAUUCAUUUGAGAUCCAUCUUGUACCAUACAGUGAACAUUCAAGCUACAAUGAGCUGAGAGAGUAUGUUAGGUUCUUGAGACCAAAACGUGUUAUUCCAACCGUUGGGUUGGAUGUUGAGAAGCUUGAUAGCAAACAUGCUGUGGCAAUGCAGAAGCAUUUUGCUGGGUUGGUUGAUGAGAUGGCCAAUAAGCAAGAAUUCUUAAUGGGGUUUCACAGGAAGUCUAGGAACAAGGAUGAAAAAGAAAAAGGUAACAUUAGCAGCGACUCGAACAAGGAACUUGAUAAAGAGAAUGAGGUGAAGCAAUCUAAAGAGAUUUUGGAAAGAUCACCUGCCCUGCGAGAACCUGAUUUACAAAAUUCAAGCAUGGCAAGUGAUAGAGAUAUGGAGGAGUCAAUUAAAGAGAUUUGUGAUAGCUUGCCACCCUGGGUUACUCGGGAACAGAUGUUAGAUUUGCUUAAACACACAAAGGGAAAUAUUGUUGAAGCAAUGUCUGAGUUCUAUGAACGUGAAACAGAACUGCGUGAGCAAUUAACUGCUUCAAACAGGUCUACGACUUCUCAAUUGAACUUGUCUACUAUUUCUUAUACAAGUUUGGCAUGCAUUUCUUCAUCACUUCCUGAAAUGGGAUCUGUUAAGGAACACUUUAUUGGAAUUAUGAAAAAUAGUUUAGUUCAAGACAAGAAGCUAUCCAACAUGAGGCGUUCAAUUAAGAGCACCGUCUCUCCUAGGAAAAAGGCAACAGGUGUGGAGAAUAAGUCAAACAAGAAAGCAAAGCUAGGUUCAUUUUCAGAAUCUUGCAGGUCCGAUUCCAAACAAUACACGAUAACAAAGUUCUUUAGUAAGAUUGUCCCUAACGCAUCACAAGUUGGUGAGAUUGGUACUGAUAUGGCUGAGCAGUUCCCUGAUACUAGGAAUGUAUUGUCCAGUAACAUGAGUGAGUUAUACAAGGAAGAGAUAAAUCAGUUUCUUGAAGUCAUAGAUGGUGGUCUAUCAAGAAUUGAUGCUGCCUCUAUCCUAGAGAAAGCCAAAGGGGAUAUUCAUGUAGCCCUAGAUGUAUAUUAUAAUAAUUCUGGGGUGGAUUGUGAUGACAAUGAUGGGAAGUUAUCAGUUCAAAGCCAACCUUACAUUGAUAAUUGUUCUUCUGGAAAAGAGACAAAAUCAUCUGAGGAAUCAGAAAAUAUUCCUAGCCUAUUUAUGCAAGGGUUUUCAACAACAGAUGUGACUGCAACUCUUGUAUCACUACCACUAGAGAAGUAUUCCCCUGUUGAGCAUGCAUGCUGGAGGCAAGGACAGCCUGCUCCAUAUUUACAUCUUGCACGAACUUUUGAUCUGGUGGAAGGAGAAAGAAGCAAGAUAAAAGCUACUGGUAUCCUGUGCAACAUGUUCAGAAGCUUGCUUGCCUUAUCGCCCAAAGAAGUGCUACCAGCUGUUUAUUUGUGUACAAAUAAGAUUGCUGCUGAUCAUGAAAAUAUGUUUUUGUUUGAAAAAGAAAUGGACAGGCCCAAGUCUCACUCCAUAUCUUCAUGUGAGUUUAUUUAUGUUGUUUUGACAGCUGUGUUUAGGUAGUUCGAACUAGUAGAG